AGUAGUAUCUUAUUGGAUAUAACAUACAGGAGUAGGUGUGUAUGCACGAUGUUGUAUAUACAGGACUAAGCACAUCUAUGUUUACAUAUGUUUUAUUUUAUUUUAAUUUUGAGAAAGAUGUACUGUUUGUGUUUGUGUCACUAUGGACUAUCUUUAAAAAUAGGUAGAACAAUUUGAUACAUAUAUCUUUAUAGUAAGGUAUAAAUAUGUCUGUUAUUACUGGGAAGGGGCGCCAUAGAAGAAAGAAUGACGAGACGAAUCAAUGGGAAUCUGGAGAUGAAGACACGGAGAUAGAGGUGAAGGAGAAGGUGGUACAAGAGCCCAGUACAUUGACAUCAUCGAAACAAGAAGAGCCAUUAAUAGAAGAUGAUGAACAAAAUAUAGAAGAUUUGAGUUCUUUAAGGGAUAAAUCUCGAUCCAAAUACUUACAGAGGCGUCAAGAAACAAAAUUAGAAGAACUCGGUAAAGAAAUAAAACUGUAUCAAGAUAGAAUCAACCUGUUAACCUAUAGAGAAAAGCAAGAUUAUGAACAUAAGAAGAAUAUAUAUGACUUGGUUAAAGGACGAGAACUGUUGAAACGGGAUUCAGAGCAAUCUUCCGAGUAUCAACUUCCUCAGGAUUAUGUCAAUGACCGUAAAAGGAAACUUGGCGUUUUAAACGAAAGAGAAAAGGUUCAAGAAGUUGAGCUAGAACAAGAUCAACCUAAACGUAACCGAUAUGACUCACAAUGGGAAAGAGAUCAACUUGAUAGAGCCACCUUGGGUAAAAGUUUGGCGAAGCCAGAUGCGAUCAAUUUACCAGGACAGGAAGAUUAUGAAUAUGUCUUUGAUGAGUCCCAAUUCGUUGAUUUUGAGGAAGAGAAUACCCUUGAAGGUAGCAACAAAGACCUGGAACUUCCAACAAAACAACCAGAAAUUUCUGAAGCACUGCUGUAUAAGGCAGUACGUGAAUCUCUACCAGUAUUUUCUUAUCGUGAACGGUUUUUAUCAACCCUUGAAAGUCAUCAAAUUCUAAUUGUUGUAGGAGAAACUGGUUCAGGGAAAACCACUCAACUUCCUCAAUAUCUCCAUGAAGCUGGAUACUCUAAGGGGAACAAAAAAAUUGGAUGUACCCAGCCUAGAAGAGUGGCUGCGACAUCGGUGGCGAAUAGAGUUGCAGACGAAAUGGGGUGUAAAAUAGGACAAGAAGUUGGGUACAGUAUUAGAUUUGAAGAUGAAUCGAGUGACAAAACUGUCAUAAAGUACUUAACAGAUGGUAUGUUACUCAGAGAGUUUCUCACUGAUCCAGAACUCUCGCUGUAUGGUGCUUUAAUGAUUGAUGAAGCCCACGAGCGUACUGUAUCUACAGAAAUCAUUUUAAGUUUACUUAAAGAUAUCUUAAAGGUACGUACGGACUUGAAAUUAGUGGUGGCUUCUGCCACUAUGAACGCUCAGAAGUUUUCGACAUUUUUCGAUGAUGCACCAGUUUUCAAUAUACCCGGGAGACGAUUCCCCGUUGAUAUUCAUUAUACAAAGGCCCCAGAAGCAAAUUAUAUCCAGGCUGCCAUUACCACUGUGUUUCAGAUCCAUACUACUCAAGAACGUGGAGAUAUUCUUGUAUUUUUAACUGGUCAAGAAGAAAUCGAAACCAUGCAAGAAAGUCUCGAGGAGGCUGCAACUAAGAUGGAUUUGAAAUCGCUGGAUAAUCAAUUACUUAUAUGUCCCAUAUAUGCUAAUCUUCCACCAGAACAACAAAGUAAAAUCUUUGAACCAACACCUCCAAAUUCACGUAAGGUAGUUCUUGCGACAAACAUUGCUGAAACUUCGAUUACCAUUGAAGGAGUUUCAUAUGUUAUUGACCCUGGCUAUGUGAAGGAAAAUGUUUUCAAUCCAAUAUCUGGGAUGGAAAGUUUGGUUGUUGUUCCAUGUUCGAGAGCCUCUGCCGAUCAACGUGCCGGUAGAGCUGGGCGUGUUGGACCGGGUAAAUGCUUCCGAUUAUACACCAAAUGGUCAUUUUACAAUGAAUUACAAGCAAAUCCAACCCCGGAGAUAUUACGAGUGAAUUUAACUUCUAUUGUACUUCUUUUACUUUCAAUGGGGGUCACAGACUUGAUUGGAUUUGAUUUCAUGGACCCUCCAAGUCCAGAUACGUUGAUGAAGCUGCUUGAGCUCUUGUAUGCACUCGGAGCAUUGAAUGCCAAGGGUAUGCUUACAAGAGUAGGUAGACAAAUGGUAGAAUUUCCUAUAGAUCCAAUGUUUGCCAAAUGUCUCAUCACAAGUUCUAGGUUUGGUGUUACACAAGAAAUUCUAUCGGUCAUAUCCAUGUUGGGAGAAAGUUCUAAUUUAUUCUAUAGACCCAAGGAUAAAAAGGAAGCAGCAGACAAAUGUAAAGAGAAAUUCCAUCAAGAACAAGGUGACCAUUUAACCUUACUUGAAAUAUGGAAGGAAUGGGUUGACACAGGGUAUUCAAGUCAAUGGUGUCAGGACAAUUAUGUACAAUAUAAGACCCUUAAAAGAGCACGCGAGGUCAGAGAACAACUUUCAAGGUUAUGUAUAAAGGCUGGGAUUUCCGUCGAUCAAAAAGAUGAACCACGCGCUGAUUCAAUCACUCAAAUGAUCCAAAAAUCUAUUACUUCGGGAUUUUUCCCCAAUAUCGCAAGAUUAUCAAAGAUGGGUGAUUCAUUUCGAACCCUCAAGAAAAAUCAAGCGGUUUAUAUACAUCCAUCAUCUUCUAUAUUUCCAACAAAACCACCUCCGAAACUUUUACUUUAUCAUGAAUUGGUGCUCACCAGUAAAGAGUUUAUGAGAAAUUGCAUGUUGGUGGAUGAUCGAUGGUUGUCUGAACUUGCACCUCACUAUUACAACGAUAAGGAGUUGGAUUUAAGUAGAAAAUGAGUGAGGAGUACUACUUGAUACAUUGUUUAAAAUAUUUAUCAACUCAUAUAAGGGAUUCUCAUUAAAAAGCGAAAAGAUCGCUCGGUCUAUAAAGGUAAUA